AUGGCUCCCGAUGCAAACCCCAAUUCAAGAGUUGCCAAGGCCUUCAGCGCUAUGAAGGAUUUAGGAAUUUCUUGUGAUGAAGUGAAACCAGUGUUGCAAAAGCUGCUAAGAUUGUAUGAUAAGAAAUGGGAAUAUAUUGAAGAAGAUAAUUAUCGGACACUUGUAGAUGCAUACUUUGAGCUUAAGGAAGAUAAGGAAGCGGGAGGUAAGAGAAUAGCUCUCGUCAGUCAUCAUGCUGGGGAAAGACAAACUCAAUCAUUGGCAGAUGAAGAUGAUAUGCUCUUGUUAACCACGGACAACUCAAGACAAAUACCAUCUGCAGAAAAGAAUAAAACGCCUCUAAAUACUUUUGGAUUGGAAAUCACUGAAUCGUCUCAACCUUUGACAAGCAAUAUGAGACCUAAAAUUGGUCCUCAAUCACUGAAAACAAGAAUUAACGAGAUAGAAAAGAUAUCAGAGUUGCCUGGCAUGGCCACUACAGAUAGAAAAUCAAAUUCUAAGAAAGAAUCUUCUGAAAGGCGUGGGGAAGAACCUGCUGAUAAGCCUAGAUCUGCUCCUAUACGAAGAGAAAAUGUACCAAAUGGACAUUAUAGGAAAGAGAUACUGAAGACAAAAACUGGACAAAAUAAGUUCCAUCUUGGAUCCAGUUCAACAAGGUCUAGAGAUAAUAACAACCCCAGAAGCAGCAAGGCUAAUAUUGACAUUGCCUCUUCAUCAUCGGGAGAAGUAAAUGUGAAACAAAAGCGUUCACAUCCUGAGCUUAACCAUGCAAACAUAUUAACAAAUGGCCCACAACAAGCUGUUGCUCAGGAUGAGAGGAAGCUAUGUCAGUUUCUUAGUGACAUAACAAAAGGCUCAGAAAAGGUGAAGAUAUCAUUGAUAGAUGAGUAUGGUAGUGGGGAACUGCCAAAGUUUAAUUACAUACCACACAAUCUAAUAUAUCAGAGUGCUAAUGUAAAUAUUUCACUGGCUCGUAUUGCGGAUGAAGGUUGCUGCUCAGAUUGUUUAGGAGACUGUCUUUCUCAAUCAUUACCUUGUGCAUGUGCUCAAGAGACUGGUGGAGAGUUUGCCUACACACUGGAGGGCUUGUUGAAAGACGAAUUUCUAACAUCUUGCUUGUCAAUGAAAAAGGAACCUCAAGCUCAUCACCUGGUGUACUGUCAGGAGUGCCCACUAGAGAGGUCCAAGAAUGAAUAUAUGCCUGAGCAAUGCAAGGGGCAUCUGAUCAGGAGGUUCAUUAAGGAAUGUUGGAGGAAAUGCGGAUGUGACAUGCAAUGUGGAAAUCGUAUAGUGCAACGAGGUUUAAGAUGCAAAUUACAGGUGUUCUUUACUGGUGAACGAAAGGGCUGGGGCCUUAGAACACUGGAAGAUUUGCCUAGGGGAUCCUUUGUUUGUGAAUAUGUCGGUGAAAUAUUAACCAACAUGGAGUUGUAUGAAAGAAUUGUGCACAAAAAUGGCAAUGAGAGACAUACAUAUCCUGUAACCCUUGAUGCAGACUGGGGCUCAGAAGGAGUGUUAGAAGAUGAGGAGGCACUGUGUCUAGAUGCAACAUAUAAUGGAAAUGUUGCCAGAUUUAUCAAUCAUAGAUGCUCAGAUGCAAAUCUGAUUGACAUUCCCGUUGAAGUGGAGACUCCUGAUCGCCAUUAUUAUCAUCUUGCCUUCUUCACUAACAGGAAAGUGCGAGCUUAUGAGGAGUUGACGUGGGAUUAUGGUAUUGACUUUGAUGAUCAUGAUCACCCUAUCAAAGCAUUCCAAUGUUGCUGUGGGAGCUCAUUCUGCCGCAACAAGAAGUGGAAAGGGAAGCGAAAAUUAGUAAAACGAGCAUGA